AUGACUUCACACAGUUAUUCGGCGCCGAGUUUUGUGGUUUAUGAGAUGAGAGAAGAGAGUUUGAGUACGGUUUGCCAGGUUUCGCAGGGGGAAUUACGGCAGAGAAUUUUUAGUAGUGGCGGAGAUUCAAUUCCGGUAGUAGAGGUAUCGGAAACCGAGGCGAAUUCGAAUUCGAGACCUAAUCUUGUUAAUGGGAAGUUGGUGAAUUGCUCGCGAAGAUUUGAUAGAUCGAAGCUGGUUCUACGGUUUAUUUCUAGGCUUGAUGAUUCCUGUAAUGGGGUUGUGGAGAAGUUUAUAUUUGUGGAGUAUCGCUAUAUUGGGUUUAAUUCUGGUUGUUUGUUGUGUUUUUCGUCGGAUAGGAGCUGCUGGGUUAUUAAACGUGCUUAUCAUAUGCCUGGGAUGGACGGAUGGAGGGAUGAUGGGGUGUUUGAGUUUGCUGGACGUUUGUUUUGGGUUGAUUUAAGUCGUGGGAUGAUUACUUGGGAUGAUGAUGAUCCUUUUCGCAGUGUUGAGAAUGGGGAGAGGGCUCAAUAUACCGCGAGACUAGGUAGUGUUGGAGCUAUCUCUCUCGGGUUUUCAAGUGAUGAAAUAACAACCAUCUUCUCUAGCACAGAUUUUUUGGGUGCAAGCUUGUACAUGGCAACCCUUGGUGAUGACAAGGUACUAAUAGAUGAUAUAAAAGACGCCGACAUUACAAUUAUGAAUGGCAAAGCAGCUUUGGUGCAAGCUAGCAACAAAGCUAAUCUUGGUGAAAUUUCAUGCAAAUCUAUCGACAAUGGUGUUACAAAUGUUAGUGGUACGUCCAUAGACAUUGGAGGAGCCAAUUUCAUUUUCUAUUGCUCGUCGAUUGAUGUUGCAAGGGUGCCAAUGGUAUAUGUAUUGGCUUAUCCAAGCAAUAGAUUAAUUAGCAUUGUACACAAUCACACAAAGGUGGAACUAAUACUUCAAAUUAUCAUGGUGGUUGACAUGGUAAUUUAUGUGUUCGCGUUUGUAACUUUGAUUGUUAGAGCGGCUAGGAGGGAAGUGCACUUGUGUGCAGCGUACAUGAGGGAAAUGGAGAAAACAACACAAGCUGAGAGAAAGAGCAUAAAGCAAAGCUUGGCCUUUGCGAGUGCUAAUCAUGAUGUUCGCGGUUAUUUAGCUUGCAUUAAGGGCUUGACCGAACUCUCUGCUGCUGAUCUUCCUCCCUCUUCUGAAGUUGCUUCUAGCUUGAGGAAGAUAGAUACUUGUGCUGAGGACCUUUUAGCAUUAGUGAAUUCCAUCCUAGAUUUCAGCAAGAUAGAAGCAGGGAAAAUGCAAUUGGAGGAGAAUGAAUUCAACUUAGCACAACUAAUUGAAGACGUAGCUGAUUUACACCACCCGGUUGCAAUGAAAAAGGGAGUAGAGGUGAUCCUAGACCCUAGUGAUGGUUCCAUCUUCAGAUACUCCCAGGUAAGAGGUGAUCGCGGCAAGCUCAAGCAGAUCCUUGGCAACUUGCUAAGCAAUGCUGUCAAGUUCACUUCACAAGGGAACAUUUGCAUCACAUGUCAUUCAAAGAAACCAAGCUUUGAGAACUCUAUCAUUGCCUCAAACAGGAACAACUUGUUAAACAGGUUGUCGAGCUUCUUCCAUAAGAAUAAGCGUGCAUAUAAUGAUCUCGAAGACAUGAAGACAAUCAAGCAAGAUCCAAACUGUAUGGAGUUUGAGUUCCAAGUGGAAGAUACAGGUCCCGGGAUCCCUAAGGAGAAGCGCCAUUUGAUCUUUGAGAACUUUGUUCAAGUCAAAGAAAACUCUGCUGAGCAAGUUGGCACUGGUUUGGGUCUAGGCAUUGUCCAAUCUUUGGUUAGAUUGAUGGGAGGAGACAUAGAAAUUGUGGACAAAGCCAACGGUGAGCAAGGGACAUGCUUCAAGUUCAACAUCUUUUUAAUAGUACAAGACGAAUGUUUGGAUAACCCAAGGCAAGAAUUGACUGAGCAUAGGGAGAUCAAUUCGGGCUCAGGGUUAAGCACGUGUGUUCGUAGUCCUAGAGGUGAUAAGUCUAUAGUGAUUCUCUUAAUCAAGGAUGAUGCGCGGAGAAGAAUGGUCCAUAGAUACAUGGAGAGCCUCGGAGUAAACUUGAAGGUCCUAAGCCAUGGGAAGCAACUCUCUUCGAAUCUUAAGAAGAUCAAAUCUAUGCUCAUUGAGCCUCAAUAUAACAACUCCGUCAGGGAGGUCAGACACGAGCCCUCCUCGAGGAGCUUGCUUGAGUAG